AUGGAUGAGCUCUUUGACGUCUUUGAGGACCAGCCUCAGGCGGUGAAUGGAGCCGUGAAGAAAACUGCAGAUACCCAGCCUGAAGAGAAGGAGGAUGUUGCGAUGAGCGAUGCACCCGCCGCAGAAGUCGACUCAGCAGAUGCCGAAGCCCCCGCGACUCCGUCCGAGCCAGAGCAACCCGAUACGAAGCGACCUCGAUUGGAUCAGGAACCCGAGCCAGUCGUCGCCGAUUCUUUUGAAACCGAGCAAGAGCGUGAGAUUGCAGCUGGAGGACUUGCUACAGACACUUCUGCAGUUGUGGUGUCUCAUCAAGUGCGCCACCAGGUCGCAAUCCCACCAAACUACCCUUAUGUGCCUAUCUCCCAGCACAAGCCUCCGGCGAACCCAGCAAAGACAUGGCCCUUCACACUUGAUCCUUUCCAGCAGGUCGCAGUUUCUUCAAUCCAGCGUGAGGAGAGUGUGCUGGUGUCAGCUCACACUAGUGCCGGAAAGACCGUGGUGGCAGAAUACGCCAUUGCGCAAAGUUUGAAGCAAAACCAGCGAGUGAUCUACACCAGUCCGAUUAAGGCGCUCAGUAACCAGAAGUACCGUGAAUUUGCUGCCGAGUUUGGCGAUGUCGGCCUAAUGACUGGUGAUGUGACCAUCAAUCCCACUGCUACAUGUCUUGUUAUGACCACAGAGAUUCUUCGUUCCAUGUUGUACCGUGGCUCUGAGAUUAUGCGUGAAGUUCAGUGGGUGGUCUUCGAUGAAAUUCACUACAUGCGAGAUGUGAAUCGUGGUGUCGUUUGGGAAGAGACUAUCAUUCUGUUGCCCGAUAAGGUCCGCUAUGUUUUCCUGUCCGCCACUAUUCCGAACGCCAUGCAAUUCGCCGAAUGGAUCGUGAAGAUGCACGACCAACCCUGUCACGUUGUCUACACCAACUAUCGUCCGACCCCCCUCCAGAAUUACUUCUUCCCCGCUGGUGGAGAGGGUAUCCAUCUCGUGGUGGAUGAAAAGGGAGUCUUCCGCGAAGAGAACUUCCAGAAGGCAAUGAGCGCAAUCGCUGACAAGAAAGGCGAUGACCCGGCUGAUGCUUUAGCCAAACGCAAGGGCAAGGGCAAGGAUAAGCAAAUCAAUAAGGGUGGAAACAAGGGCCCAUCGGAUAUCUACAAGAUCGUCAGAAUGAUCAUGCUUAAGAACUACAACCCCGUCAUUGUCUUCAGUUUCAGCAAGCGAGAGUGUGAAGCAGGUGCUUUGCAGAUGAGCAAACUGACUUUCAACGAUGAUUCUGAGAAGAAUAUGGUGUCCAAGGUUUUCGAAAGUGCUAUCGAGAUGUUGUCUCCAGAGGAUCGCCAAUUGCCACAGAUCCAAAACAUCCUUCCGCUUUUGCAACAAGGUAUCGGUGUCCAUCACUCAGGAUUGCUGCCAAUUCUUAAGGAAACCAUUGAGAUUCUUUUCCAGGAGGGUCUCAUCAAGGUUCUGUUUGCAACUGAGACUUUCUCCAUUGGUCUCAACAUGCCUGCCAAGACUGUAGUUUUUACCAGUGUCCGCAAAUUUGAUGGAACUAGCCAGCGUUGGGUUACCCCGUCUGAAUUCAUCCAGAUGUCUGGACGUGCUGGUCGUCGAGGUCUCGAUGACCGAGGUAUUGUGAUCAUGAUGGUCGGAGAGGAGAUGGAUCCAGCAGUCGCGAAGGAGAUUGUGCGCGGUGAACAGGACCGACUCAAUUCCGCAUUCCACCUAGGCUACAACAUGAUUCUCAACCUGAUGCGUGUGGAGGGUAUCUCACCCGAAUACAUGCUCGAACGAUGCUUCAAGCAGUUCCAGAACACUGGAAGCGUUUCAGGCCUGGAGAAGGAGCUCGAAGGUCUUGAAGAGAAGCGCGCCAACAUGAUUAUCUCUGACGAGGGGACCAUCCGCGAAUACUACGACCUACGGAAACAACUGGACGCAUUUGCGGACGAUGUUCAGCAUGUUAUUACCCACCCAAAUUACUCUUUGACUUACAUCCACCCUGGACGAUUGAUCCAUGUUAAGUACAAGGAUGCCGAUUUCGGUUGGGGCGUGGUGAUCAACCAGAAGAAGCGCAAGCAAGCGAACAAUGACACCGAGAAAUUUAGUCCUCACCAAUCUCAUAUUGUUGAUGUCCUGAUGAGGAUGUCGGGAGGCUCGUCCAUUGGCACCAAGUCUUUCCAAGAUCUUCCGCCAGGUGUUCACCCCGCAAAGGAAGGGGAACCGACUCGCAGUGAGGUUGUGCCCAUUGUGCUGAGCUGCAUCACGGAGAUCUCUCACAUUCGCAUCAUGCUCCCGAAGGACAUCACGUCGCCUGGCUCUCGGAAUGAUGUUAUGAAGUCGGUUGACGAAGUUAAGAGGCGCUUCCCAGACGGUGUUCCGCUGCUUGAUCCGAUUGAGAACAUGCAGAUCAAGGAUGAAAGCUUCAAGAAGCUGCUACGGAAAAUCGAGGUUCUUGAGUCUCGCCUCCUGAGUAACCCUUUGCACAAUUCACCCCGGUUGACUGAAUUGUACGAGCAAUACGCCGAGAAGGUGGACCUGACUGCAAAGAUCAAGGCGAUAAAGAAGCAGAUUACAGAAGCUAUGUCGAUCUUGCAGCUUGAUGAGCUGAAGUGCCGCAAGCGCGUACUCCGUCGUUUCGGAUUUAUUAACGAAGCCGAAGUUGUGCAGUUGAAGGCUCGUGUUGCUUGUGAGAUUAGCACAGGCGAUGAACUGAUGCUGAGCGAGUUGCUGUUUAAUGGUUUCUUCAACAACCUGACUCCUGAGCAAGUCGCUUCCGUAAUGAAUGAGUUGGCAAAGCCAUUGAAGGAGAUCCAAUCACAGGCCCGCAUCAUCGCCAAGGUGUCGCAAGAGUCUAAGAUGGCCGUGAAUGAAGACGAGUACGUUCAAAGCUUCCACUGGGAGCUGAUGGAGGUGAUCUACGAGUGGAGUCAAGGCAAGUCUUUUGCAGAUAUCUGCAAAAUGACCGAUGUCUAUGAGGGUAGUUUGAUCCGUGUCUUCCGCCGGCUGGAAGAGUGUUUGCGGCAGAUGGCGCAAGCUGCCAAGGUGAUGGGCAGCGAAGACCUGGAGAGCAAGUUCGAGGAGGCCUUGGGCAAGGUCCGCCGCGAUAUUGUUGCUGCCCAGUCCCUGUACUUGUAG